UUGCAGCUCAAACAAGAUGGCGGACUGAACGGCUGGAGCUUUACUGAAAAAGUUUUUUUUUAAUUUACGACAAAGCAAAGAGAUCGAUUCUCAAAUAUUCACAUUUCCUAACGCCCGGGACACAAAACGUGAGUUUGGGUCGACUGGUUAUCACCUGAAGUGAAAAUUGAAGACUUUAUAAGAAGAUGGACGACGACUGCUAUGCUAAGAUGGCGACGUCAUGUAAAAGAGAAACUGAAAGAGACUCAGAAACUUCCAGCAAAUCACCAACGGAGAUGAAGACCAAAACUGCAGAUGAAGACGAGCGAGUUGAAGUCAUUUUGGAGGCUGUUCUGAGCCUUGAAAGGAGCGUGGAUGAGAAAUUAGCCGACUUUGUUGAAGAAUGUAAACAAAGAGCCGCCAUGAUUGUUAGCUUGAAGAAGGCAGUGGAGUUCACAUCAGAGGAGAUGAAGGAAUGCAAAAGUCAAAUGAAGAAACUGGAGGCGCAAAACAACCGCUUGUGUAAAGAAAACAAUGAUUUGAAGGAAGAGAUGUUGGGGAAGAGUAAGAGAUGUGCAGUGUGUGAAGAGAAGACUGGACCACAUGUCUACAUCAACCUGCAGAGGACUGCAGACGUCGAGCAGCCGAUUGGUCAUCCUGAAAAACAUCCGCCUCAGCUGCAGGGUGGGAGCGCUACUUUGAAGCCGGACGCUUCACAGCCCCCCCACUUUAAAGAGGAAGAGGAGGAGCUCUGGAUCACUCAGGAUGAAGAGUGUCUUCUAGAGCAGGAGGAGGUUGACCUCGCCAAGUUACCACCGCCUCUUCUCUCUGUGAAGACCGAAUAUGAUGAAGAGAAACCACAAUCCGACAACCUCUUAGCUCCACUAUCAGAUAGCGAGGCUAAAGACGAGGUUGAUGUAACUUUGAGCAGCGAUACAGACUAUGAAGGUGAUAUGGGGACCCCCACUGAAAACAAACACCCUGAAAGCUCUAAAAAGAAGACAUGUAAAAGUAUUUUGAGCUGUAUAGUUUGUGGUAUGAGAUGCACCACAAAGAGCCGCUUGACUGAACACAUGAGAAAACACACCGGAGAAAAACCAUUCCAAUGUACAGUUUGUUGCAAAAGCUUUUCUUAUAAUGGCAGCUUGACUCACCACAUGAAAACACACACGAGAGAAAAAACUUUUCACUGUUCAGUUUGCGAUAAAAGCUUUUUCCAAAAGAACAGUUUGACUCAACACAUGGGAACGCACACGGGAGAAAAGCCAUUCAAAUGUCCAGUUUGUUGCAAAAGCUUUAUUUAUAAUGGCAGUUUGUCUCACCACUUGAGAACACACACAGGGGAAAAAACGUUCAAUUGUUCAGUUUGUGGGCAAAACUUUUCUCACAAGAACAGUUUGACUCAACACAUGAGAAGGCACACGGGAGAAAGACCUUUCGAUUGUUCCGUUUGUGGGCAAAACUUUCCUUACAAGAACAGCUUAAUUCAGCACAUGAAAACGCAUACAGGAGAAAGACCAUUCGAUUGUUCCGUUUGCGGCAAAGGAUUUUCUGUCAAAAGCAAUUUGACCGUACACAUGAGAACACACACAGGAGAGAAGAUAUUCACUUGUCCAGUUUGUUGUAAGAGCUUUUCUCAAAAGGGCAACUUGACCGACCACAUGAGAAUGCACACUGGGGAAAGACCUUUAAGUUGCUCGUUUUGCAGUAAAAGCUUUUCCAACAGACACUGUUUGAGUCGACACGAAAUCAAACAUACGGAAGAAAGUCUAUUCAACUGUUCAUUUUGUGGCCGAAGCUAUACUCAAAAGAGAUAUUUGCUUGCUCACCUGAAAACACACCGUAGAAAACACCUCUAGUUGGCCGAUAUAACAUUUACACACAGUUUGAAUGGUAACAUUGGUUUUAAAUAUGGGAAAAUAAAACACUAAUCGCCUGAUAAAGUAAAUAUUUGGUGUACUAGUGGUACGCAUACAACAGUUUGACAAUCGCUGGUCUAAUCACAUGACAACACACAUGCAGAGAAAAACGAUUUUUUUGCUCGGUUUGUGGUAAAACAUUUUACCGGAGAGAAGUCAUCAUCUGCGCUGAGAAAGUCUGCCAUGGUUUGUUGCAUCACAGAAGACUCUCUUGAUGGAAGUAGCGUGAAGUUGAUAUAUGCUCUGACUAAUCAAUUCACCCAGGAAGUAAUUUGCUGACAGAAAAGGCCUAAAAUGACCCCAAAACUGUAAUUAUUACAUGAUAUGUUUAGAAUUUGCCUGUCACUGAUUGUAUAUACAAUAGUGUUAAUGGUUUUAGAUGUAUUUUGAAGGCUUUAUAGAUUGGAAAAAAAAAUAUGACACCCCAUUACCUGCGCUGUUAGCUGCCUCAUGCUAACAGGUUUUGAUUAUUUAGAGCGAGUGAGAUGUGAGAAUGAUUCUUUACCACAAUGGUAGACAGUCUGAUUUCAUCAGUCACUUUAAUUACAGUCAAGUGAGAGCUCAAAAUCAAAGACAACACAUGUUUGGCCUUCACAAUAAAAGCGGUGCACUGACAAGACUGCAAGUCAAAGUAUUUAGUAAGUUAAUAAUUGUAUUAUUAAGAAGUAAGAAUACAUGUAUAAUAAAACUGAUACAGACUAAUGUAUUACUUGUUUUUUUUAAUACAUGAAAAGCCAACUUAAAAACGAUACGCAAUACGCUAAAAUAGUCUUUAAAUGAUACAAGUGUGAUGUCACAUGUGAGAAGUCAGCUAAAAAGUGAUGAUGUGCUGUGUGUAUAAAACCAGAUUCCCUCACGAGUGAAAAGAACAGCAGUAAGAGUUUCCUUCAACUCAGCCGAAGAAGAUAAAAAUAAGGUUUUACAAAUAAGGUUUGUAAAAGGUAUAUAAUGUAAAUAUUCAGAAAUAUUAUUGUAGAAAUAUUGUUUUGCUGUUUACAACUCACAUUAUAAACAGCAAGAUGCAAAUUAUGUGAUUAAAAAAAAAAACAUUCUGCCACACAAGCAAUUUAUUUGAGAUGUGUUUACAAUUUAUGUUGUAUUAUGUAAAAACUAAUGCAACGUGUUCUAAUGUGAAAAAUACACAUUAAAAGUUGUUUAAAAAACA